UAAUCGCUACAAGUUGUGUUUAUGGUUAAAUUUAACACAAUUUCGCUGAUGAUGGACGAAUUAACGCAGUUGCGUAAGCGCAUAACAAAUUCAUUCAAGCUGAGCGGCUUCCUAAUACGCUCCGAGAACAGCAUCUACCUGGCCGAGCAGCUGCUGCCCUUCGAGCCGGCCGAGCGCGAGAAAUGGAUGACGGUCAUAACGGAGAAUCUGCAGGGCCAGAAGCUGGCGACGCCGCAUGUGGAGCGCGAGGCGCUAGAAAAGGCUAUCAAUGAGCUGAAUCGCGUCGGACUGGACGAAGGCGAGACGGUCUUCGCACUCAUCGAUGCGUUCACAGUGCCCCGAUUUCGCUACAACUCGCGCAUCAAGAAAUUUGAGCGGGAUGGACAGCCUCGUAGCCUGCUCAGCGAGCCCCGCAUGAAAGCGGACUAUCUGCAGCAGCGCUAUGCGAUGCUGUUGCAGAAGACGCUGCGACAUGAUCUGUUUGCCCCGGCGGUCAUCCAAGACGGCGUCGCCUCCGAGGCGCAGACAAAGAAAUUCAAAUUGCAAUUCGCGGAGAAUUUGCUGGCGACAUCCAAUCUGAAGGAGGCUGUCAUCUUGGGUCUGCUGACACAGCUCAAGGAGGGCAAAUUCUAUGUGGAGGAUCCGACGGGUUGUGUGCAGCUUGAUUUGAGCGGUGCUCGCUAUCAUGCAGGCUUCUUCUGCGAGGGUUGCUUUGUGCUCGCCGAGGGCAGCUAUGCAAAUGGCAUUUUAAAAGUUGAUGGUUUGGGCUUUCCGCCCGCUGAGCCGGCGAGCAGCAGCCGCGCCUUCUUCGGCACUGGCAACACUUGGGGCGGAGAGUCUGCAAAGCUGCUGAAAUACUCGCCCCGGCUGCAAGAAUUGGAGCGCAGCAAUACGGAAACGACACUCGUGUUCCUCUCCGAUGUGCGCUUGGAUCUGCCUGUUGUGAUGGAGAAACUGCGCCAACUCUUUGUCGGAUACGAUUCUUGUCCGCCACAGGCUAUUGUGCUUAUGGGCGCCUUUACAGCCAGCACACGGAAUCAUCAUGAGUUGCGUCAGCAUUUGGAUGCGCUGGGCGCACUGGCUGCCGGCUGUGAUCAGCUGAAGAAGCAAACUGAUUUAAUUUUGGUGCCCUCCGCUGAGGAUCCGACAGCUCCCAACAUUUUCCCACGUGCUCCGCUGCCCGAGUGUCUGGCUGCUGGACUGCUCAAGGCCUGGCCACGCACUCAGCUGGCAACAAAUCCGUGCCGGCUGCAGUAUUGCACCCAGCAGAUUGUCGUCUGUCGUCUGGAUUUGAUGGCAAAGUUCUGUCGCAAUACGCUGCACUUUCCGCCGGACACGACGCACAUUGAGCAACACUUUGCGCGCACGCUUGUCUGCCAAGGUCAUCUGGUGCCCAUACACCCUAUUGCCAUGCCCGUGCACUGGGACUACGAUCCAGCACUGUGGCUCUAUCCACUGCCCGAUCUCGUUGUGAUGGGUGACUCGUGCCAAAGCUUUGCCAGCACUCAGCAUGGCUGCACGGUGCUGAACACCGGCUCCUUUGUCAAGUCCAAGUUUGCCUUCAAGGUUUACAUACCUGACACGCGCACCGUUGAGGACUCCGAGAUACCCGGUGAUACAGAUAUGAGCUGAUCCACGAAAUAAAUAUUUGCCUUUAAGUUGCACGUGACCAAUCCUCGGUCUUUGUUAUCACUACCCCGAAGUGAGCUUAAGAUGAGCAUCCCCAGAGCGAAACUUGAUAUUCAAGAAUUCAACUAUUUUUCUGCUUAUGUGAUGUUUUGAUGACAUUUUUCAUUAGACCAAUAUUAAGUUACUAUUUAUAGACUUCCGACGCACAAUAAAUAAAUAUAGUUUUCGUCAGAAUUAUUAACAAGAAAGAACGUCUAACUUACGCGCAAUCCACCAAAUUUAAUUAUCAAUUGAAAAGACCAACCGAUUUUUCCUAUGGGAGCUAUUUGGUAUUAUAGUGUCAAUCCGACAAAGAUUCUAUCAUUAGUUUAACAAUUAGGGUUGGUCGAAGAGCUAUAAUUGUAACAAUCCUGCUGACGAAAUAUGUAUCUAUAAAAUGCUUCCAUUCAAACUACAAAUAUAUUCCCAUAUGCAUUAACCUAGCUCAUCCAACAUAAGAGACUAAUGUGUUCUGCAAAGUAACUCUUUUUUAAAAUUGUUUGGAAUAGUUUUAAUGUAAAUCUGCUUUAGUUUUAUUGGGAGUAACACAUUCUAAAUGAUUUACAUGAAUUUUAGCUUAUAAGCGUUAAAU